ACUGUAAGCAAGCCUCACGUCCACAGGAGCCUCUCUCACAUGCAUGUUGUCUCCUCCUAGAAGUGGACUAUCACUUAUCACCAUCACGUCCACCAAGACCAAGACACACUCACCAACCUCUCUUCUCUCAACCCCAUUAUUUCUUCGUUUUCACCCCCAAGCCAUUUUCAUAGCUCAAAUGGCAAGGCCUAACCAUUUUGCAAGGACCUAUUUCUUGUUCUUUCUGUUCCUUCUAAGCAUAGCCAUGAGUAGAACACUUUUUGUCACCUCCCUUUCACCUGACGGAGAAGCACUCCUCUCUCUUUUAGCAGCUGCCGACCCAUCUGCAAAAGCAUCCUCAUCAAUUCUCUUCUCAUGGAACCCCCAAAGCCAAACGCCAUGUUCCUGGCAAGGCAUAACAUGUUCUCCACAAGACAGAGUUAUCUCCCUCAAUCUACCAAACACAUUCCUUAAUCUCUCUUCUCUACCGCCACAACUUUCCUCUCUUUCUUCCUUGCAACUUCUCAAUCUCUCCUCCACCAAUAUUUCAGGAACAAUCCCUCCGUCAUUUGGUCAACUUACUCAUCUUCGCCUUUUAGACCUCUCCUCUAACUCUCUCUCAGGUCCCAUUCCUCAAGAGCUGGGCCAACUUUCUUUACUACAGUUUCUUUUCUUAAAUUCAAAUAAAUUGGCUGGCAGAAUUCCUCAACAACUAGCUAACCUCACUUCACUGCAAGUCCUUUGUCUACAAGACAAUCUUCUUAACGGCUCAAUACCAUUUCAACUGGGUUCCCUGGUCUCUCUCCAACAGUUCAGAGUAGGAGGCAAUCCUUAUCUAACAGGAGAAAUUCCUUCACAGUUAGGACUACUUGCCAAUCUUACCACAUUUGGCGCUGCGGCCACCGGGCUUUCUGGUGUGAUACCACCGACAUUUGGCAACUUGAUCAACCUCCAAACACUUGCUCUUUAUGAUACUGAGGUAUUUGGCUCAAUACCACCUGAACUGGGGCUAUGCUCAGAGUUGAGGAAUCUGUAUUUGCACAUGAACAAGCUCACCGGUAAUAUUCCUCCUCAAUUGGGUAAGCUGCAAAAGCUUACUAGCUUGCUUUUAUGGGGUAAUGCAUUGUCAGGUUCUAUCCCAGCUGAGCUUUCGAAUUGUUCAUCACUUGUUGUGCUUGAUGCUUCUGCUAAUGAUCUUACUGGUGAAAUACCUGGUGACAUUGGAAAGCUAGUAGUUCUUGAGCAACUUCACUUGUCUGAUAAUUCGCUAACUGGGUUGAUUCCUUGGCAGUUAAGUAACUGUUCGAUUCUGACUGCUCUUCAACUUGACAAGAAUCAAUUAUCCGGUGCAAUCCCAUGGCAGGUAGGUAACUUGAAAUACUUGCAGAGUUUCUUUUUGUGGGGAAAUUCAGUUUCUGGAACAAUACCAUCUUCUUUCGGGAACUGCACAGAACUUUACGCACUUGACCUUUCAAGGAACAAGCUUACUGGUUCAAUACCAGAAGAAAUUUUCAGUUUGAAGAAGUUGAGUAAGCUUCUGCUUCUGGGAAAUUCUUUAUCAGGAGGGUUGCCAAGAAGUAUUGCAAAUUGUCAGUCACUGGUGAGGUUAAGGCUUGGAGAAAACCAGCUUUCAGGGCAGAUACCUAAGGAGAUUGGCCAGCUGCAGAACCUAGUCUUCCUUGACUUAUACAUGAAUCAUUUCUCCGGUGGCCUUCCUCUUGAGAUUGCCAACAUCACAGUUCUUGAGCUAUUGGAUGUGCACAACAACUACAUUACUGGAGAAAUCCCAUCUCAGCUUGGGGAGCUUGUGAAUUUAGAGCAGCUUGAUCUCAGUCGAAACAGCUUCACUGGAGAAAUUCCACCAAGUUUUGGUAAUUUUAGUUACUUGAACAAGCUCAUUCUCAAUAACAAUUUACUAACAGGGUCUAUCCCGAAAUCCUUUCGAAAUUUGCAGAAACUUACUCUGCUUGAUUUAAGCUACAACAGUCUUUCUGGUGAAAUUCCACCUGAAAUUGGUUACGUGACAAGCUUAACAAUCAGUUUGGACUUGAGCUCCAACUUGUUUACGGGUGAAAUACCAGAAUCAAUGUCUAGUUUGACACAGUUACAGUCACUUGAUCUGUCUCAUAAUAUGCUACAUGGGAGAAUUAAGGUUUUAAGUUCCCUUGCUAGUCUUACUUCUUUGAAUAUCUCCUUCAAUAAUUUCUCAGGUCCUAUUCCCGUAACACCUUUCUUUAGUACUCUGUCUUCCAAUUCUUAUCUUCAAAACCCGAAUCUAUGUGAAUCUAUUGAUGGUUCUACUUGUUCCUCACGUCUAAUUAGAAAGAGUGGAUUAAGAUCAACCAAAACUGUUGCUUUGAUCUCUGUGAUUCUGGCCUCAGUUAUUAUAGUUGUCCUUGCUUCAUGGUUUCUAGUUACAAGAAAUCAUAGGUAUAUGGUAGAGAAAUCUGCAGGAGCAUCAUCCUCUUCACCAGGGGCUGAAGAUUUCUCUUAUCCAUGGACCUUCAUUCCAUUUCAGAAGCUCAAUUUUACGAUUGAUAACAUCUUGGACUGCCUUAAGGAUGAGAAUGUCAUUGGAAAAGGUUGUUCAGGGGUUGUUUAUAAAGCAGAAAUGCCAAGUGGGGAGUUGAUUGCCGUAAAAAAGCUCUGGAAAACUAAAAGAGAUGAAGAACCUGCAGUGGACUCUUUUGCAGCAGAAAUUCAGAUUCUUGGACACAUUCGGCACAGGAAUAUUGUCAAGCUCUUAGGUUAUUGUUCCAAUAAAAGUGUUAAGCUCCUUCUAUACAACUACAUACCCAAUGGUAAUCUGCAACAGCUUUUGCGGGGGAAUAGAAACUUGGAUUGGGAAACCAGGUACAAGAUUGCUAUUGGAUCUGCUCAAGGUCUAGCUUACCUUCAUCAUGAUUGUGUACCUGCAAUUCUUCACAGAGACGUAAAGUGCAAUAACAUACUACUAGACUCCAAGUUUGAGGCUUACCUAGCAGAUUUUGGUUUGGCAAAACUGAUGAACUCUCCAAACUACCACCACGCAAUGUCCAGAGUAGCUGGCUCCUAUGGUUAUAUUGCCCCAGAAUAUGGUUAUACAAUGAACAUAACUGAGAAGAGCGAUGUCUACAGUUAUGGAGUGGUUCUGCUGGAGAUACUAAGUGGGCGUAGCGCAGUUGAAUCUCAGGUGGGUGACGGAAUGCACAUUGUUGAGUGGGUGAAAAAGAAAAUGGGUAACUUCGAACCAGCAGCAUCAAUUCUAGACACAAAGCUUCGAGGAUUACCAGAUCAAAUGGUUCAAGAAAUGCUUCAAACCCUUGGAAUUGCAAUGUUUUGUGUCAACUCUUCACCUGCAGAACGGCCAACCAUGAAGGAAGUGGUGGCACUGCUAAUGGAGGUGAAGAGCCCACCUGAAGAAUGGGGAAAGACUUCUCAACCUCUAAUAAAGCAGUCCUCAAAUCAAAGUUAAUUUUGUUCUUUUUACUCUCUUUUAAACUCCAAGAACAUCAUAGAUUGCUUGUCUUUCCUAUCGCAAGAUAAACAAAGGAGUGGUGCCAUUAUGGGAAAGAAAGGAUAGAGAUAUUGUUGGAUUUGGGUGAUGGUCUUGGGGUCUGUUGUACAGUUUUUAGAAUCAUCAACGUUGCUGAUCUGCUCUCAGUGCCUCUCCCUUUUUGUUUUCUUUCAUUUUGCUAAUGGAUCGUGUCACACUUAGCAAAUCUUUCAGCCCAAUCCUUGUAUUCAGUUAGUUGCUGAAUAUCAGCUGCA